AUGUGCACAUUUUGCUACCAGAAUUUUACCUCCUUUGUGUGCAAGGACUGCUUCAACCAUGAAAAAUUCAUCAUGCGAGAUGACCGCCGAUUACUCAAGUAUGCCUACCGAUGGAAGGACAGCGGCUUGGAGGAACGUGAUAAUAUUGAGACCCAAUGA